AUGGCUUAUACAUCAAUGGCAAAGGACAUCAUCAGCGUCGUUCCGGGCGGAGUUCUCCACGAUAUUGUAUACUCAAGUUCAGCCGAGUACAUGAGAACACCGAAAGAAGGAGCGCAAAGCGGCCUCAAAUACCUCAAAGAGCAGGUCAAAAAUUGCCCAAAGAUGGUUUUCGUCUUGAUGGGUUACUCCAAAGGGGCGAUGGUCGUGACUCAGAUUCUAGCCUCCAAAGAGUUACCAGCUGGUAAAGUUGUGGCCGUAGUACUCUUUGGAAAUCCAUACUAUCAAGCCGGUCUCCCGCAGAACAAAUGUAGCGCGAAAACUGGAAAAGGAAUUGCAACGAACAAUGCCAUGAUGGUUGCCGCACCACAAGUAUACGUCCCGCUCAUUUGGGAUUGCUGUAAUACCGGUGACAUGAUCUGUUUUGGGGGGACCAAUAUGGGGCCCCAUUUGCAGUACGGAAGUAAGAAGGACGACGCAAAAACGUUUAUCAUAAGCAAGUUGAAACCAGCGUUGGCAAAAGGCAAAUCCGGAGGACGUAAAGAUACCUCGAAAUAG